AUGGUAAUCAGUCGGUCCUCGAGAGAUGGCUCAGCAUCUUUCAAUGCCACAGAGGUGUCGAAAAAGUUCACUGGGGGGGCCGUGUGGGUUGACACAGUCCUUGCCGCCGAGGGUAUUCUGGUGCACAAUGUCAACUUUGCACCAGGUACACGUUCGUUCUGGCACUGGCAUGAGAAAGGCCAGGUGUUGCGCGUCACGGCAGGGUGUGGCUGGCUCUGCGAUCGGGGAGCCAAGCCGGUGCGAAUCAACGUCGGAGACGUCAUCUGGUGUCCUCCCAGUACCGAACACUGGCAUGGAGCCGACGAUCAAAGCUACAUGGUCCACCAAGCUGUAUCUCUCGGCAGUGUGAGGUUUAUGGAAGAAGUGUCGGACGACACCUACCAGGCGAAGACCGACUCUAAGGCAUAG